AUGGAGGCAUCUCCCUUUCUGUCUCUUCUUCCCUCCCUUUCUGCUUUCCUGCACUUUGUAGCCGAGUCCUCCCCGUGGCCCUCCUUGUCCAGGGAUCUGAGCAUGAACAACAUCAGUGAGAUCCAGCCCAGAGCCUUCCACCGACUGCACCUGUUAUCAGAGCUGCGUAUCUCAGGGAAUCAGCUGAGGUAUAUUUCGGGUCUUGCUCUACAAGGUCUCCACAACCUAAAAGUCCUGAUGCUUCAGAACAACCAGCUGGAGAAACUUCCUGAUGAUGCUCCAUGGGACCUACCCAACCUCCUAUCCUUGCGUCUCGAUGCAAAUCUGUUGUCUGAGGUUCCCGCUGAGGCCUUCAGGGGCAUUCGUUCUCUAAGGCACCUCUGGUUAGAUGACAACUCUCUGAAGCAGAUCCCAGUGAUGGCCCUGGAUUCUUUGCCCUCCCUGCAGGCCAUGACCCUGGCCCUCAAUGAGAUCACGCACAUCCCAGAUUAUGCAUUUGCCAACCUCUCGGCUCUUGUCGUGCUGCAUCUCCAUAACAACCACAUCCAGAGCAUGGGCUCAAGAUGCUUUGAAGGUUUACACAGCCUGGAGACCCUGGAUUUAAACUACAAUGACCUACAGGAGUUCCCCUUGGCCAUCAGAACACUGAGCAAACUCCAGGAACUGGGCUUCCAUAACAACAAUAUCAAAGCAAUCCCUGAGAGAGCGUUUGUGGGAAACCCUCAGCUCCAAACCAUUCAUUUCUAUGAGAACCCCAUCCAGUUUGUUGGAAAGUCUGCAUUCCAGUUUUUACCUAAGCUACAUACGCUGUCUCUGAAUGGGGCAACCCAGAUUCAAGAGUUUCCCGAUUUGAAAGGAACCACCAGCCUGGAAAUUUUGACGCUGACUCGGGCCGGUCUCACAGCUCUCCCUGUGGAUCUGUGUGAGCAGCUGCCUCGCCUCAGAGUUCUGGAGCUGUCUUACAACCAGAUAGCGGAUCUUCCCAGCUUUUACCACUGUUCAGCACUGCAAGAAAUUGGACUACAGCAUAACCUGAUAAGGAGGAUAGAGUCCAGCACCUUCCAGCUACUCACCUCACUUAGAUCACUUGAUCUGAGCUGGAACAUGAUAGAGUGGAUCCACCCAGAUGCUUUUGCCUCGCUCCACUCUUUGAUCAAACUUGACCUGACAGAAAACCGUCUCAGCUCCAUACCCGUUGCAGGUCUGGGGGGCCUCACCCAUCUCAAGCUGAAGGGGAACCCAGAAUUAUAUCAGGCCUUCAGCUCUGAUCAGUUUCCCCACAUGAGGGUGGUGGAGAUGCCGUAUGCCUACCAGUGCUGUGUGUACGCGUCCUGCGAUAGCUACAAACCAGCCAGCCAGUGGGAUACGGAGCAGAGCAGCACUCAGGAGGACCUUCACAAGAGGACUGCAGUCAUUUAUCCCAUCCACGCUGACACACACUAUGACACUGACCUGGAAGAGUUCCAGCUUGAAAUCGAAGAAUCCAAACUGCAGACCAGUGUGCAAUGCACACCCAUACCCGGCCCUUUCCGUCCCUGUGAUUCCCUUUUGGGCAGCUGGCUUGUGCGUGUGGGCUUGUGGUCCAUCUCUCUAGUGUCGCUGCUGGGGAACUCCAUCCUUCUCCUGUCCCUCUUCGGCUCGUCCGGCUACUUGUCACCACUUCGCUUCACGGUGGCGUGCAUGGGCGCCUCCAACUUGCUGACGGGGGUGUGCACCUGCACGCUGGCCCUGGUGGACGCUCUGACUCUGGGCGAGUUCAGCCACCACGGAGCGCGCUGGGAGGGAGGCCCCGGUUGCCAGGCGACCGGAUGGGUGUGGGUGUUUGCGUCUGAGGCCAGCGUGCUGCUGCUGACUCUGGCCGCCGUGCAGUGCGGCGUGAGCGUGACCUGCGCCCGGGCCUACGGCAAAUCCCCGUCGCUCGGGAGUGUGCGCACGUGUGCGGUGUUCUGUCUGGCUCUGUCCCUCGCGCUCGCCUCUCUCCCUCUGGCUGGAGUUGGAGAGUACGGCUCCUCGCCUUUCUGCCUUCCCUCGCCCCUGCCACCGCCGCCCUCUCGCCUGCCAUCGUCCCUUGGCUUUCCCUUGGCUCUUAUCAUGAUGAACACCCUGUGCCUGCUCAUAGUCACGGGAUCGUACAUCCGUCUUUACUGGGAGUUACUGAGGGGGGAGUGCGAGGGCUUGUGGGACUGCGCCAUGAUCAAACAUGUCGCCUGGCUAAUAUUCACUAACGGCCUCCUCUACGUGCCAGUAGCUUUCCUUUCCCUUUGCUCCCUGCUGGGUUUCCUGUCCUUAGGAGAGGAGGUUCUGAAGUCGGUCCUUCUGCUCCUGCAGCCUUUGCCUGCCUGUCUCAACCCGCUCCUCUUCCUGCUUUUCACAAGAGACCACUCUCAGUUGUUCUUCUGGCCUCGCCCCAAAGCCCGGCCGCAGCUGCGCCGGGGCCGUACCCUGGACUCGCUGGUCUCCGUGGAGACGGAGAAGAGCUCCUGCUCCGACUCAUCGGUGCAGGUGUCCCUCGGUGAGGCGGAUGCCAUGCACAGCGGGGGGUCUUCUCCACAGCCCCGACUGGACCCAAUCAGAUUCUCCCACUGCUCCUCCACUUCCUCGGUUGCGCUCAUCCCCUGCCAAAUACCCACUCUCACAACCAGAGAAAGGGAGAGAGCCACAGAAUGA